CAUGUAAUACGUGAUAUAGUAUAAUUAAAACAUCAUAUUUUGUGUCGCGGGAACUGUACAUUUAUCACCGUCAACGACAAGUGAAGCUCCCGUAUGUAUGACGUUACGUUAAAACCUACGUUUUACGGUAGUUGAAAAAAGGAUUUGAACAAAAGAGCCCGGCAGCUCAGACCGGCCCAGUAUGACCUGGCUAAGUCUACUGUGUAUAUUUCUUCUGGCACUUAUCGCCCGAACUUACGGUUUUGCCUGUCACCAAAGAUGGACCCUGAUAUAUGCGAACAGUGGAAACGGAACUACGGUAUACGGUGAAAAGAAAGACCUUAUCAAGGCCACGCUAUCCGGUGCCGACGUAAGAAUAUUCAUUCCAUCAUGGGGACCAGGCGGAUAUUUGACAAGCGUUCAAAACACACAGACCAUCAGGAACAAUGUAUGCGCCCAGGCGUUAUUCCAUGUCAGUAAAGCGUCGUACGACACAUUCCAGGAAGUGCCGUAUUUUUGGUUUGUAAAUCUGUGCAGUACUGGCCACGUUCACAUGGCACGAUAUUUCAUUGGCAACCACGUUUCUGCGGGAAUAAAUGGCGAUUAUGUUGACAUGCAGUGGUAUAUUAGACGGUACCCCGAUCCCGUCUACACUCACACUCAAGAUGGAACAGUCAUUCGUGGAAGCGUUCGUGACGUCAUAUACGCAAUCGAGGCUGGUGCUGAUAUUCGAAUUGUUGACCGCCAGCUAGGCUAUGGCGUCCGCAUGGAUAAUCUUGAAGUGUCUUUCGAUCGUACGGUAGCUGCAGGCCAGUCAUUGUGGCAUGUUAGCGAGAGAAUGAAUGGACCAAAUCUGGAGUUUCAGGGUGAUGAUUAUUGGUGGUUCUCCGUCUGGUCUACGGAUGGAACAGUUGAUGUGUCAAGAUGGAAUGUAGGAGAGCACGUGAAGCGGGGAAACAGUAGUAUGCAGCAGUCAAUGAACUGGUAUGCCGACAGUUGUUGGCAGAUGGCAUACAAACACGACGCCCAAGGUCAACUCGAAGAUGGAUCUCUGCAGUUACUCCGCCUGGCGGUUGAAACCGGUCAUAGAAUCAAAGUUCUUAUAGACGGCGCUAUAACAGUCGAACCUGAUCAGAUCAAUGUUAGGGGUGGUCAUAUUAACGCUGAAAUAUUGAGUCUUGCUUCCAAACAAGAUUUGAAAUCAUUCACCGAUGACGUGUUUUGGGAUUGGCGCGUGCUCACUACAACCGGAACUGAAACUUCCGAAUACUUCAAUGUAGGAGAGUAUUUCAACAGAGGAAACACAAUUAAAAAGAAGCCGAUGACCUGGUUUAUAGACACCAGAACUUGGAACAGAGUUCUCGUAAAUGAUAAAGAUGGUACAGUCCUCGCAGGUUCCAAACAACAACUUAUAGACGCCAUUUUACUCGGAGCUGAAGUCAGAUAUAAACUUACAUUUACCUCAAAUGCUAUUACCCACCAAGCUGAUAAUUUAGAAAUAAGCGCUGAUGGAAACGUUGGCGCCAUGCACGUUCGCUCAGUGAGCCUUAAAUUUACACCAGGAUCACGAUACGAGGUGACAUUCCAGAACAGUCCAUAUUGGUGGUUUACAAUCGUAUCGACAACAGGGAAAGUAGACAUUUCAAGAUGGACUGUAGGGGAACACGUUAAUAGAAGGCACACUCACCUGUUUGUAAAAGUGGAAUGGUUUGUUAGUUUAUAAAUAUACAUGAAUAUUGUAACAUGUUUUCGCGACCCGUUACAUACACAUGAAUACGUAACAUGCAUUCGCGACCCGUUACAUAUGAAUGCCGUAUAUAGCGAUUAUAUUAAUUUGUACUUGAUAUUUAUCACUUAUAUAAUUUAUUGAAUUAGUGCAUUCUAGUCCUUUAUAAUAAAUAAACUAAAAAAAAACAAUACAAAAAGUAAAAAGAAAGAAAUGCGGUGUUAGCGAACCGGUAUAUUAUCUAAAAUUGUUUUUGAUACUUACAUACUUUCAUCAUAAUUGAUUUGUAGAACAGCUAUAUUUACAGCCAUAAAUCGUUGUAUUCAUACGUUACAGUAACAUUACAUUCUGGCAGUUUUGAUAAAUAAUCAUCACGAGGGCGCGAGGGAACCGAAUACAAAGCUAUAUAUAUAUAUAUGUGUGCAUGUAUUCGAAUUAUUACUAAGUGGGGACAAGUUUGUCGAAUCCUUUUUACAACUGCAUUAAAACUAGUUUAUUUUAACAUAUCUAAAUUGGAACAAAACGUGCAACAUCUUAGAAUAUGGCUAAAAAUGAAUCUUAAAACUUUCGAAACUAACCUCAUUUUGUAAUACACCUGGUAUACUUGAAUUACAUUACAUGGUCAAGAAAAUCAUUUUGUUUAAAGACUUUGUAAUGUUUUUUAAGUAUUGAAUACGAAUAACUUUUUGUGUCAUGAAUAACUUUUUGUGUCAUGCGUAUAAAAUUUGUUAAAUUGAUUUAUACAAAUAGCAUAACGAUUAUAUACAUGUAUGACAUAUAUAAUUAUUAUUCACAUGUAAUAAAACAUUUUUUACAUUAUUACAUUGCCGCCUUAUCUUUAAAUUAUCAUUCACAAUAACUUACAUGCCAGUAUUAAUGCAAUAAAAAAGAAGAUGAACACAG